AGACAAGAGGGCCGGAAGCAGAGUGAAUCGGGGGCCCACAAGAGCAUCGAGGCUGUGGUCGCCCGCCUGGAGAAGCAGAACGGGCUGAGCCUGGGCAGCGGCGCCAGCCCCGACGACCUCUUCGCGGAUGCCUCGGGGGGCCUGGACGGCCUGGACGGCAUGGACGGGCUGGACGACGCCGUGGUGCCCCGGGCCUUGUACGAGGAGCUGCUCCGGAGCUACCAGCAGCAGCAGGAGGAGAUGCGGCACAUCCAGCAGGAGCUGGAGCGGACGCGGAGGCAGCUGGUGCAGCAGGCCAAGAAGCUCAAAGAGUGCGGCUCGCUCGUGUCCGAGAUGAAGGAGCUGCGCGACCUCAACCGCCGGCUCCAGGACGUGCUGCUGCUGCGGCUGGGCAGCGGUCCUGCCCUUGAGCUGGAAAAAGUAAAGGCAGAGGCCCUUGAACCCGAGCCGGAAUUGCGGAAGACAUUCAGUGAGGAGGCAAAUACGUCGUCUUAUUAUCCUGUUCCCGUUCCCGUUAUGGACAAGUAUAUUCUAGAGAAUGGCAAGGUCCACCUUGGAAGUGGGAUCUGGGUUGAUGAGGAAAAAUGGCACCAACUGCAAGUCACUCAAGGAGACUCCAAGUACACCAAGAACCUGGCCGUCAUGAUCUGGGGGACUGACGUGCUGAAGAACCGCAGCGUCACCGGAGUUGCCACCAAGAAGAAGAAGGAUGCCAUCCCCAAGCCGCCCCUGUCCCCUCACAAACUCAGCAUCGUCAGAGAGUGUCUCUACGACCGGAUAGCACAAGAGACAGUGGACGAGACAGAGAUUGCACAGAGACUGUCCAAGGUCAACAAGUACAUCUGCGAGAAGAUCAUGGACAUCAACAAGUCCUGUAAGAAUGAGGAGCGGAGAGAGGCCAAGUACAACCUGCAAUAAACGGGCCUUUCCAAAGCGCGCCGCCCGGGCCUGCUCCUUGGGUGGCCCCUGACGCCCGGACCGGUGGGCGAGGGUGGGUUUGGAGUGGCAUUCGAACCCACCCCAGCGUCAGCCCGUCUUUCGUCCAGAUGUGAGCCAUGCACGGGAAUGAGCCUCGAUCUUGGAGGCCAACCUGGGGGCAAAAGCCAGUGCCAGCAGCACUUCAGAGACCUGCGACCUUGGGCAAGUCACUUCAGCUCUCCGGGCCUCAGUUUCCCCAUCUGUCAAAUGGGGCUAAUAAUCCUUGCACUACCUACCUCACAGGGCUGUUGUGAGGAAGCGCUCUGGAGACUCGGAAGCGCUCUAGAAGUGGGAGCUCUCGUCGCGCUGUCCGCCGCCCCGCCGCCGCCCGUAGCGUGUGGUGCUUUCUGAGGGGGAGGGGGUGUGAGGGGAGGGCCGGGAGGUGUAAAGUGCUUGACCGGAUGGAGCUGGGCUGGGCGGCUCCUGGCAGGACUCUGUUUCUAUCUCUGUUCCUAUGUUUGUUGUACAAUAAAGC